AUGUCUGCUGGUAGCAGCAGAGAUGGAAACGAAGAGCUAACCAUUUAUCGUCAAUACAUACAUGAUAUACCAACACAUGGAAUCCAUUUCGACCUCCUCAAGUUCACACAAAUCGACUUCAUUCUGAGCUUUGCCAUUGAGCACUAUGAUAAACAUGGAAAAGGCGACGGAUGUUUCCAGCCCAUUUGGAAUGUUGAUGGUGAAAGUAUUGAAUGGGUGAAAAAGCUGAAAGAAGAUCAUCCAGAAGUGAGGGUGUUUAUCAGCAUUGGAGGUGUUGGCUCUGAAUUUCCGUUCAAUCCUGCAAAAAAAUAUAAAUGGAUACACAACGCCCUGGAAACCAUCACAAAAAUCAUCCUUCUCUACAGAAACACAAUAGACGGUAUUGAUAUUCAUUAUGACGUCAUCAAUUCAAGUAAAGAUGAUUUUUCCUUUUGUAUUGGCGAAGUUAUAAAACAGCUAAAAAACGAUAGAAAAUUAUCUAUCAAUGUUGUGUCGAUUGCUCCAACAAAACUGGUGGAACCAUACUACUUAAAAUUGUAUAAGGACAACAAACUCGUUAUUGACUUGAUUGAUUAUCAGUUCUACAAUCAGAAAUUCUCUUCAAAGGAACAAGUUGUAGAGCUAUGUAAAAAACUGGUAAUUGAUUACGAUCCAGCUAAAGUCAUAGCAGGAGAAUGCAUUCCUGUUCACACUAUGCUUGAAGAGGGCAUCAAAUAUCUCAUCGAACACAAAUUAAUUGCUGGUAUUUUCGUUUGGACGUUUUUGACUUUACCAGUGGACCCGAUACUUCCUCUCUAG